AUGGAUAAGAUGAAGCAGGAAAAAAUUGCAACAAAUAUGUCUGAUGAUGAUGCACCUCGUGCGAGAGCCUUUCAUCCUAAAAAGGCAAUUAAUAGGAAAACUAAGAGGCAUAUUGUAUUUGAUCCUGAAGCCAGAAAGGAAUUCCUAACGGGGUUUCACAAAAGGAAGCAGGAGAGGAGAAGGAAAGCACAAGAAGAUCUUAAAAUUCAACUUAAAGAAGAAAGAAAGCGCCUCAAGCAGGAGGCCAAGGAGACUUUCAAGAAGCUCUUGGGAACUCAGCGUGCUGAUCCAGCUCCAGAAGACCUAGCUACAGAAAGCUAUGAUCUUGAAAACCAUUCCGUCAGCAUUUUUGAAUUAUCUGCUGCUGACUUAGCUGAGAAGAACAAUUGGAUUGGGCCCAACAGGGUUCAAUAUGAGGAUGAAAAGGUUGAACACAAACCUAAAAAGGAGGAAGCAAAAGAAGAAAUACCAGGAAUGGAACUUACAAGAUUACGUGAUGUAAAAAUCGCUCUAAAGAAAAAGGCUACUCAAGAAGUGAAAAAGAGUAAAGCAUUUCAGCAAAAGAGUAAAGUAGAAAGGCAAAAAAAUAGGAAGAAAUCAUUACAGCAAAAGAAAAGAAACAUAAAAAUGCAUGAGAAAAAGAACAAAAGGAAAGGCAAAUUUAGAGGAAACUCUGACUUAAACUGAUUUUUGAGUGUCAAUUGUACAAACAAAGAAAAUAUUUUUUAUAGUCAUUUUUUAAAAUUGAUUGGACUGAAGACCAUUGUACACUAUUGUAAAUGGCAUUGUUCUUGAAUACUUUUCUACUUCAGUGCAGCAUUUAGUGGUUAAAAUUUCAAAUUACUUUCCGGCAAACUGAUUGAGACUUAAGGACUUCAACUCCUUAAAUUUCUAUGCACGAAAGAAGCUUGUGCAUAAUUCAAAGUUUCUUAUUGUUCUCUAAAACUUGCAUUAUUAAAAAUUGCUGAUAAUGUAAAAACAGUUUGGUGGUGACAGUUAAGGUCCAAUGCCGCUCUCAUUGAGGGUAAUGGUAAUAUUCAAAUACCACACCAAGAAAUCUUAGAUCAGUUUAGUGUUUUUAGUUUUAAUUUUUCGUGUGGAAUGUAGAUGCAUCAAAGAUAUAAGGUUCAAUCUCAACUGGUGAAUCAAUGGUUUGAAUGUAAAGCUUCUCAAACGGAUGUUUCUCAAAGAACAAAUUAGGUUCUGAAAACCUUGCAAUUUUGUUAGGUAAGCUUGCUGCCUGAAGCAUCUUUGGAGUGCAUUUAUUAAUUUGACAAUAUUUGUGCCCUUUUCAACGUAUAUACCCUAAACAAGUUGGCUGAAAUUGUAUGGAGCAAACUCAUCUACUGACAUCUGUGAUAAACUAGCCAGCCUUUGGAAGUAGCUGUAAGUUAAUGAGCUCAUUGCACAAAUUUUCAGUUACAGUUUUGUCACAACCUGUUGUUUUUUGGUUGUUGUUUGUUGUGUUUUUUUUUUUUUUUUUUUUUCUCUUUAGAUGUCUUAAAGUUCAGAGUUUAGA